UACAUUAACGCACGAAGUCAGUUUUAACAAAUGAUAUUUCACACCUGUAGGCUGUUUACGCAUCUGACUCGUUUAGCACUUCGUCCGGAGUCAUGCUUCCAUCGCAGAUUUUCUUACAUUCGCAACAUUGCUGUUGUUGCUCACGUUGACCAUGGUAAAACCACUCUUGUGGAUGGUCUUUUGCGCUGUAGUGGUGAAACUCUGACUCACAGUCGUGCUUUGGAUAGCAAUGAGCUGGAGAAGGAAAGGGGUAUCACCAUAUGUUCCAAGGUCACCAGGGUUGAAUGGUCUGGUAAGACAUUUAACAUUGUUGACACACCUGGUCACGCUGACUUUGGUGGUGAGGUUGAGCGUAUUUUGAACAUUGUGGAUUGCGUAUGUCUAUUAGUUGAUGUUGUUGAGGGACCUAAACCUCAGACUACUUUUGUUUUGCGCAAGGCACUGGAGAACCCUGCCCUAAGAGCCUUGGUUGUGGUCAACAAAUGUGACCGUGAGUGUAACAAGACUCAAUCGGAUAUAGAGAAUGAGUUAUUCGAGCUUUUUGUCAACUGCGGUGCCUCCGAUGACCAACUUGAGUUCCCUGUUCUUUUUGCCUCUGCUAAGGAAAACUGGGUAUCCCAUUCAUUUCCCAUUGACCGUUCAUCAGUCCACGAUACUUCUUUAAUUCUUGAAUCAUUAUCUCAGGUUGCUCCCGCUCCUGUUGUGGCUUCGCAUGACUUCUUUACGCUCCAGGUAUCUCUCCUUGACUUCGAUGAGGGUUGCACUUUGAUCACUGGUAAGGUGAAUAGCGGCAGUGUGAAGAAAGGUGAUACCCUACAUGUGAAGGAUCCGAGUGGAAAGGUGAAGGGUCACAUGGUAGUAAAAGACAUUUACGUUGCGAGGCGUGAAGGCAAAGUCAAAUGGAACGGUGUGGCCCGUGUGGGUGACAUCAUAUCUAUCCAAUGUCACAAGGGUGUCAUUCCCGAAAUUAACGAUACUGUUGGCUCAUGCACUAAUUUUGAUGCUUUGGAGCCUGUCAAAAUAUCCGAACCCGUUAUUUCCGUUAUGAUUUCGGCAAACAGCAGUCCAUUGGCUGGUACUGAUGGCAAGCUCCAGACAACUGCCGACAUUGGCAAGCGCUUGAUGCACGAGGCCAAGCGCAACCUGACUCUGCGUGUUGAAGAAAAUGCAGAUAAAACGGCAUUUUAUUUGAAAGGUCGAGGUGAACUCCAGAUUGGAGUGUUACUGGAAAACAUGCGACGUGAGGGCUAUGAGAUGACUGUUUCUCCACUAUCUGCUAUAACCAAGAUUGGUGACGAUGGUGUCGAGAUGGAGGCUUUACAGCAAUUGUUAGUUAUAUGUCCAAGCGACAUGGCCCCUAAUGUAGUGGACCUAUUAUCAUCCCGUGGCGUUGAGGUAGUAUCAUAUUCAGAUUGCCAAGGUGGUACUGAGAAGUUUACUCAGUUGGAAUUCUUGGGUACUACCACUCAAUUACUUGGUUUAAUGAUUUCUCUGCGCGAUAUCACUCGGGGACGUGGUGAGAUUGCUGUGUCAACUGUGGACUACCGUCCCUACGAGAAGAACAACCAGAAUUUCCGCAAGAAUGGCUGCCUUAUAUCUAGCUGCGCUGGCGUGGCUACUCCAUUUGGUCUCGAACCGGCUAUGUCCAAGGGCUCGCUUUUCAUUUCGGAAGGUACACGUGUCUACGAGGGCAUGGUGAUUGGUGAAUCGGGUAAUGAUAAAGACCUUUAUUUAAACGUAGUGAGAACAAAACCUGUGACUGGUAUGCGCAACAAAGGGAGCGAACAAAUCAUAAGGAUCGUUUCGAGGCAGCUUACUGUAGAGCAGGCACUGGCAUUCCUGACCCAUGAUGAGCAGCUUGAGCUAACUCCAAAACGCAUUGCUAUCAGGAAGAAGCAACUAACUAAGCGAUAAUGUAGAUGUUUUGUUUGUUUAUUAU